AUGGAGCGUUUCGACAUGUUUGCCGAACAGUCCAACGCUGUCGCAGUCCAACCACCGCCCGUCACCUCCUCCGUACCUGUCGCUAACGGUAACUCCCUGCCUUCGCCGCCGCAGAAGCGCAGCGCGGACCCGGAAGGCAUACCAGAUGUAACAGAUUCCUCGCCCCCUCCAGUAAAGAAGCGGAAAGACGACGUGGUAGACUCGGACGCUGCCUAUGCAGCGAAAUUACAGGCAGAGGAGAAUCUACGUGCUCGGACAACACGUGGCGCCAACUCAAGGAAGACCGGAGUAGUCAAGAAGAAACGAAAGAACACCUCCAAAACUGCGAAAAAAGUGAAAGCUUCCGAUGAUUCAGACGUAGAUGGUUCUGCUGCGGAAAGUAAAAAGGAAGUGAAUCGCACGGGUGGUUUCCAUCUGUCGAGACCUCAGACGGUGAAAAAGGUCUGGGAGUACAUCCGUGAACAUGAGCUUCAGGAUCCAAAUGACCGUCGCCAGAUCCGAUGCGAUGACCUCAUGCGCCCCGUUUUCAAACAGGAUCGCAUACACAUGUUUACCAUGACAAAGGUACUCAAUCAAAAUCUCUAUGACCUAGAGGAGUGA